AUGUCUGAACAAAAUAAUCAAGAUGAAAACGGUACUAGUGCUGCAACAGAGCAAAAUCCAAUGGUUCAACGUAUAUCACUUGAAGUAAAACGUCGUGAGCCAAGUUCAAUAAUUGUGCACGUUGUUAUUCGAUUCAANUUAACGAUAGUGGAUUUUGAUUCGUUUCCAUCAGAUGAUAUCAUUGAAAUAAAGAAGAAUUUACAAUCAAGAUUAGAAGAUACAGUAGUGAAAUUAUAUACAUAUAACACAAUUAUUCACGAGAAACUAAUUCAGUCGUCUAUGACGGAAUUAACACAGUUCAUUAAAAUGAUGAACUCCAUUCAGCAGAUGUUUGAUCACAACGAUACACAAGUAUCUGUAAGUAUUUUACCAAAUAGAAUCAUCGCUUUGAGUAGUUUCCUUCAUAUUCGACGUUAUUUUAAUGAACGGAUGAAUUUAAUCUCUCCACAAUUUUUCAAACUGACUUCAAUAAUGACCGAAUCCUACCUUGGAUUUAUUACUCCUAUGGUUUCUCUGCUUAUUGGAAUUCUCAACCAAUGUCCGGAUUGCUUAAAUUCUAACACUACUGUCAACUUAAACUCGUAA